AAUUGUGGUUAAAUAGAAGUUGUUGAUAUACAUGUGUCCAAAUAGUGUUCAAGUAUUCUUUUUUACUUUAUCAUUCACUUAACUUAUAAGAAGAUUUAUCAUUUCCAAAAAUUCUACCGCGACGCCUUCUUUUUACUGAGUAGUUUCAUGUCGUUUUAAUUUCUAACGAAUUAAUUUCAAAUUGUACUUUCUUGAAAAAUUAAAAACGAUUUUUUUCUGGUCCAACCUUGAAAAGCACGCUUAAAAAUUCAAACUCGACAUGAAAAAAUUUUGUUCAAAAUUCUAAUAAUUUCGUGCAAUAAUAUCUUGUAAACAUUUAAACAGUCAAGGGGUUCAUUGAAGUAUUUUUGGAAUCAAGUGUUUCUCUGGUUAAUGAACUCAAAAUUGCUUUGAUUAAAUCGUAAAGAAGUUUCGUGCUAUUCAUAUAUCUACAUAAUGAAGGACAUUGUUGAAAAUCUCAGAGUGGCAUAUACGUAAAGAAAUUCUAUUUCGAACCAAGAAUAUUUUUGGACUAUCAGCAAUCUCGAUUUUAGAUAGGACUUUGAUAAAAUCUAACGUUAGUCAAAAAUAUAUGAGUAGGCAAUUGUUGUUACUAGUGUCCUAAUGUAUCUGCAAAUGGAAAGUUCCAUUUUUCUGGUGCUCUUAUUCGUUUCAGUCCAUGGUAAGAAGGGAUUUGGCCCUACCGAUCAAGACUGGGGAUUUGUUACGGUGAGGGAAAACGCCCAUAUAUUUUGGUGGUUGCACUACACCAGAGCUGAUGUAGCUGAAGUCACCGACAGACCCCUAAUCAUUUGGCUUGAAGGUGGACCAGGAGCUUCUUCGGCUGGUAAUGGGAACUUCGCAGAAAUAGGACCUUUAGACACAAAUCUGCAGCCACGGAAUUCUAGCUGGGAUCAUUACGUGAAUGUUUUGUUUGUCGAUAGUCCAGUUGGAACGGGUUUCAGCUAUGUAGAUGACAAAUCAGCUCUCACCACGAACAACACUCAGAUAGCAAGGGAUUUUCUUGUAUUUCUCAAAGCCUUCUUUCACGAUAAAUUUGAAUUCCAGAGCGUGCCGCUUUACAUAUUUUCUGAAUCUUAUGGAGGAAAAAUGGGCUCGGAGAUAGCUUUACUCAUUUCAGAGGAAAAAAAGCGUGGAUAUAUCGACUGCGAUCUCGAAGGCAUAGGUCUAGGAGAUUCUUGGAUUUCCCCUGUAGAUUCGGUUAUGACAUAUGCACCGUAUUUGUUGAGCAUGGGCAUCAUCGAUCAAACUGGGUACAAGAAGAUUUCAAAAAUCGCAAAUCUAGUGAAGGUAGCGGUAGAAUCUGGAAGAUUCGAAGAUGCCUUUGGUUUGUGGAGAGGAGUAGAAUAUGAAAUCAAGUCUAAUACUUAUGGAGUCGAUAUAUAUAACGUGCUCAAUAAAAAGACGGGAAUUGGCGUACAAAAAGUUCCUAGUUACCCAGGCCAAACCAAUGUGGAUCCUGAAGCAGAAACAAAAGUGAACCAAAUAAUGAAUGGUGUCGUUAAAGAAGCUCUAAAUAUUCACAGGGAUUUUGGAACCCAAAAUGAUGAUGUUUGGAAUGCUUUGACCUGGGAUUUCAUGACACCUGUUACUAGUAUUGUAGAGCAGCUACUGAACACAACUGAUUUAUCCAUAGCAGUAUUCUCUGGACAACUUGAUCUCAUAAUAGAUACUCCUGGUACCCUCCAAUGGGUUGAAAACUUGAAAUGGAAUGGCAAAAAUAUCUGGGAUGCUGCACCAAGAACUGGUUUCAUUGAAGAUGGUUGUUAUGAAGGAUAUGUUAAGAAAGCCAAGAAAUUUGCAUUCUACUGGGUGGAGAGAGCCGGUCAUAUGGUUGCUGCUGAUAAUCCUGCCGCAAUGUAUCACAUUCUAAGAGACUUAACCAACAACUUCAAGGUGUAGAAAAUCAUAUUUUGAAUAAAUCAUAAAAUUAUUA